AUGGUUGCAACUGUUGCAACGUUAAAAGUAAGCAUCAAGGUUUCCAAAUGCUGCGAUGAGUGUAAAACAAACACAUUCAAGUACAAAAGCCCAUGUUGCUCCCUACGCUCUUGCAGUCACCCUUGUGUCAAAGCUUACAAGAAACGCGUUGGAUGCUCAGGCAAAAGACAACAGCACACAGACUUCGUUCCUCUUUCAAAAUUUGAUGACAAUCUCCUUCUCUCUGAUUAUAGUAUGUUGGAAGGUGUGAAGAGAAUAGCUGAUUCUGCUAAGAGAAUGAGACAAAUAACCCAAUCCCCCACCCCCUCUUGUCUUUAUGGGAGGAGAGAAGCCCCCUUCAUCACUAGCUCCACCCUCCAACACCGGUAUUUGGAACCACCGUCGGUAACCACCAUUCUCGCCGGAGUUCACCUAGAUCGCCACCAUGACCACAUAUAUCACAGAUUUGGUUGCCAUACUCCCCAUACUCCCCAUCCCUACCAUCCUCUCUCCUCCAGUCUCGUCGAAAUCAAACCCCUUACCCCCAUUAAAACCACCACAACUACCCGUUGCUCCAUAUGCAAUCACCGCCGAAUCUCACCAGCAUUAAAACCACCAUCAACUAUCUUACCUGUUACACCACAAAAUGUCAUCCUUAUGCCACCAAAUUACAUCCAUAGAUGA